GACUGAGCCUCUUCUCAAAAUCUCCAUCCCCCAAUAGCCAAAAGUCCCAUGGAUAAUGACGACCCCACUACUUCCCUGAGUAGUCAAGCAACACUGUAUGGAUAGGCUUCUACUUACAGUACUUUUCAGGCCCGACUCUCACAUCGACCAUCCUGACCGCUCAUAACGUCGCCUGCACGGUCAGAUAGACAUGACAUGCCGCUCAUUCCUCACUUGAUCCGGCCUCGCCUUGCGCCUAUUCCAUCGAAAGAUACAUCACAUACCUCUUUGGACCAGCUGCGAUUCCCCCAGGUGGAAAUGCUGGUGGCUAGACAUGGUCGGCGUUCCUGGAAAAAGCAAAGGCUGUAGCACUUGUCGCCGUCGUAAAAAGGGUUGCGAUCAAAAGCGACCCAUCUGCGGUCAAUGUGCCUCAAGUGGAUUUGUUUGCGGAGGAUACAAACGCGAUAGGACCUUCAUCCUCCACCCAGCGAGCAAAGAAGUCGAGAAAGCCAUCUUCCUCCCGUACGCAAGAUCCAUUGCUGGGCCGCUUCCCGGGUCUCUCAAUCAGACAGCCAUACAAGCGCAAUGUCGAAGUCUGUUCUGGGAUCUAUACAUGCCCCAAGGCGAAUGCGCCUGUCGCGACGCCUUCCUGAUCCGCUGCGGUCAUCCCAUGAACUGGGCAGAACUCAUACAAGACGUGUCUAGCCAGGAUAGUUCUCUGGAAGAGGCAUUUUCUGCUUUGACUAUAUCAAGAGUCGGACAAGCCAAUAAAGAUGUUCGACUCGUCCAUGAGAGCAGCAAAAUCUAUGGCAGAGCGCUAAAAGAAUUGCAAGAGGCUUUGUUUGACCCGAAGCGCAUGUACUCUGAUCAAAUUCUCAUGGCUUGUAUGUUACUGGGCUUAUACGAGGUCUUUGAAGGCCCUGCGUUUCAAUCUCGGAGCUGGCUUACGCAUGCUGCUGGAGCGGCACGCCUAGUGCAACUACGAGGCCCUGAGAGGCAUCAACAUUGGGCAGCCCAUCACCCGUUUCUGGCCUCUCGGAUCCCCACCGUAUAUGCAUCAAUCUUGCAGAGGAAGUCAACCUAUCUAGCGACUGAAGAGUGGCUGACCAUUCCGUGGAUUAAGAUGGGGCAUAGGACAUAUUUUGAUCUUUUGACAGACACCACAACACUGGUCCCUGGGUUUCUCGAAAAAUUCGACCUUCUUCGAGAGAGCGACUCGGAUAUAGGCCAAGAUCUCAUCCAGCUCCUGAGCGACUGUAAGACUAUUCAGCUGAAAAUGGACAGGUGGAGAGAUGGGACAAAGAAAGGAGCAACUCCGCGUCUUCAAAAGCAUGAUCCGAACGACCCAGACGGAUAUCCUUUCGAAACAGACCUCUGGUUCGAGAAUCAUCUUUUUGUCCAUGCUCGAGUCGUCUAUUAUGCAUGUUCAUUGACGCUCGCCGAGCUGGGCGAUGAUAUUGUGCAGGCUCUCGAACUACGAGGGCACAAAGUGCCAGAAUCCAUGAGCCCAACGACGCUGAAGGAAAUUCUCAGCGCAGACCGCUAUGCUUCUAAUAUCUGCCGGACUGUGCCGUAUUGUCUACAGCCGGACAUGGGGGCUUGGGGGGCAAACAUCAUCAACUUCCCUGCAAACCUCGCCUAUUUUUAUUACCAGAGGAUUGGGCGAAGCGACGCGACCAAAUGGCUUGAGAAGGCCUUUGAACGUGUCAAACAGAGGGGCGUCCAUGCAGAACAUGUUUUCAAUGAGCUCCUUUUCCAAUUGAGGGAGAGGGAUGAGCCCAACUUUCACUUGAAGAGAGAGUCGAGCGCUGAAACAACCGAAUCCGGGGAAUCACCGGGGUCGAUCCCAAGUUUGUCCAGUACAGCAACGACAUUCAUCUACGAGGAUCCUUCCAAAGCAUAUUACGAUGCCAGCAAUGAUCCAGAUUGAGGACUUCACGAGCGGGGCAACUCCUUACAUCAUGUAUCGAUACAGGCAUGACUUGUUCUCCAAGUCUACUUCAGCCUCUUCACCACGACGUGGAAUUGAUGUACAUGCUGCCCGCGGCAUAAGCGGAGUCUGGACACCACAAAGACUCACCGACACUGUCUGCGAAUAACACAAGGCUGAUCGGACCAUUUGUCAUAUGACCCGCAUGCCGAUACUUCGACUUGCAAAGAUGACAUUGUUUUGAAGUCUACAACGCUGCACAAUAUGGCGUGGUACAAAUACGAUCAGCAGUUCUCCGUUGCGAGGAUAUCGAGCGUGAGCAUUUCUAGACUUGUGUAGCUGGAAGCAGCAACCCAUUCACACGGGGUUACCACCGGUUAUUACCGGUCAUUGAUCUGUCAUUGAAUGGCUAUCAACAUACUCCGUACACUGCCAGUCAACAACCUUCCUCCCCUCUGGACGACUCUAGGUCCUACGUUUGUUGUUGCGGACCUUUCAACCGUAUGACCAAAUUUCGGCGACUCCAAUCAUCGAUUGGAGGAAGGUCGUCGAGUGGUACAGCACGUUACCUGCGAUUCUAUCUACUGUACAUUACUCAAAAGGAUAUGAUCAGGAGAUCUCGAUGACAUGACAGUGCUUGAUUGUUUUUUUUUCGAGCACUUUGAAUUGUACCAUCGACCCAAAUAGGACGUAUAGCUAGCCAUACUCCAAACGAGUUUCAUCC